CAUCACGUUCAAAUGAAUCAUCCUCCUGGUCCCACCCCCCAAAGAGAACACUUACCCCGACAAAUGAAUACAGCUUUCUCAACAAGGAGUUCUGCCGCGAGAAGGGGUCCUCGUCAGCUAGCUGACAUCAACGUACUCCGCAAGUCCACGGGCAUAUUGAAAGAUUCUCCCCUCGACAAGCACCUCAUUCACACCUUCAUCUCGUCAACGCUUUCCUUCACAUUGCCAUCUUCACUCUCUUGUCACUGGUCUCCCUCCACCGCCGCACCCAGUUCUCAUAACACACAGAUACCACGACCGCCUCGUGCCAAGUCGCGAUCUGAAUCUGAAUUGUUCAUAAGUCUCUGGACCUUCAUCAAUCCUUCAUCUCGUCGACCACCCUUUCAAAUCAUCUUUCUACUCUUACGUCCACCAAGACGGCAUCAUACUCUUCUAUCAAGACAACCUCGUACUAUCAUCAUUCAGUAUGGCGUCCCUCCCAACCUCAGACUUCCCCAAGUUCAUUGACGGUGAUGUUCUCCUCAUCAUCUCAACAACUCAGUACUACAAGCUCCACUCUCAAGUCUUGCAGGCUCAUUCACCCAUGUUUGCUCAAGAGAUGACGACCAGACCCGGUCCUCGCCUCAACGCACAGGCUCGUCGUGAGAAUGCUGCUGCGUAUCGCUUCGAGCUUGUCAAGAAACCUGGUGAUGAUGAGGAUCCCGGUCAAUUCUUGCGCAUCGACGUCAACGACAAUGGUCGUUCACCUAAAUCCAGCGCCAGCUUGGGUACCCUCCCAGAUAACAACAAUGGAAAGCCGGCAAACAUUAUCAACCAAGCAUGGGAAUGGCUCUUUGGGAUCUUCUACAACCGCGAACCAACAUUCGACGACUCUGGCCUUGCUUCUGUCCUCGCCUGUGUCAUGGCUCUGAUUGAAGUGUCUGAAUCCAUCGGCGCUCUCGAACAUGUCUGCGACAUUGUCGAUCUGGCACUCAUGCGUCAAGACACCGUCCUCUGGUCUGCCGUCAUGGGUGAUCCAAAUGUCUGGAUCGAGCUUGGUCGUCGUGUCCGCUCUCCUGCCAUCUACCGCGAAGCCGCAAUCCACCUUGUCGGUCAAUGGGACGUUCUUUCCGAAGACAAGAAAUCACGCAUCGGUGCAGAUAUCCGUGAGAUUCUCCAGCGCAAGGCCGACGAGCUUGCUCUCGCCAAAGAAGCUAUUGAACUUCGCAUUCUCGGUCAUUACCCGCAGUUCAUGACUCGCACUGCCAGCUCCAAGCCCGGUCGUCCAACCUACUCGGCCGACAUCUACAUGUGGAUGUGCGUCUCUUUCUUCCGCCAGUGGUUCGCCCAGGGCAUUUCUGACGAUCGCACUCGUCGCGCUCCAGACGGUGGACUAAACUUCUACGCCGCUCUCCACGAAGGUGGCGGCGCGUACCUGACUCACAUGGACUUCAAGACGUUUCAUCAAUUCUUCCCAAUGUCUAUCAAGGCGUGCCACGUCUUGGAGGCGAAUAUGGGUGUUUUGAAGGAAGAUAUCAAGCAGUUCGUCGGCGAUCUCAUGACUGAGCGUACCCAUCUCAAGCGCGCCGAGCAUGAGAUCGGCUGGUUGACCUGCGCCAAGAUUGAGAAGGAGGACCUCCCUUGGGCCAACGACGUUCGGGGCCAUCGUGCGCAGGACGGCCUCGAGCAGGUCUACGCGGGUAUGGAGGCCGAGCAGGCGAUGGAUCACGAGCAGACGCCUCCUCGUCCGAAGAAGCGGGCUAGGAUGUUCGUGGAGGAGGACGAGGACGAAGAUGACGAUGAGGGCAUGUUUGUUCCGCAGGAUGGCGUCGAUGUCAUGGACGAGGAUGGCGAGUAGUGAUU